GUUGCAUUUCUUGUCAUUGAUACUUUUUUCUGCUUCUCCAACUUUAUUGAGUAUAAUAUGAUGUUCAUUUUAUACCUAGAGGAAGAGGUAACUUGUUGUGGAUUACAUUUUUGGAUUUUACUAAUCAUCUGUUGGGGUUUUGUGUUAUUUGCUGCUAUCACGUCUGGCCUUGCUCUAGGACUGUUAUCCUUCAGUCAAGUUGAUCUUGAGGUUCUUGUUAAAGCUGGGCAACCUCAUGUUCAGAAACAUGCAGCGAAGAUUAUGUCCAUUGUUAAGAAUGAGCAUUUAGUUUUAUGCAGCCUCCUCUUAGCUAAAUCAAUGGCACUAGAGGGGGUUUCUGUUUGUAUGGAGAAAAUGCUCCCAGAGUGGAUGGCUAUUUUGAUAGCGGCUGCAUUUGUGGGUAUCUUUGCAGAGAUUAUCCCUCAAGCUUUGUGUUCUCGAUAUGGUUUAAGCGUUGGCGCCACGAUGUCUCCCUUUGUUCGAGUUCUUCUGCUGCUUUUCUUCCCCAUUGCAUAUCCAUUUAGUAAGUUGUUGGAUUGGGUUUUUGGCAAGGGGCACACUGCACUUUUAGGAAGAGAAGAGUUGAAGACUUUAGUCAAUUUACAUGCCAAUGAGGCAGGUAAAGGUGGACAGUUGUCACUCCAUGAAACUACAAUAAUUGCAGGAGCUUUAGACUUAACACAGAAGACUGCUAAAGAUGCUAUGACACCUAUAAGUGAAACAUUUUCCCUUGACAUAAACUCCAAACUUGACAUGCAUACAUUGGGUUUGAUAAUGAGCAAAGGCCACAGCCGUAUACCAAUCUACUCUGGAAAACAAACAAAUAUUAUUGGUCUUAUCUUGGUCAAGAAUUUGAUCUUCUGCCGUCCUGGAGACGAAACACCAAUUAAAUAUAUGACUAUAAGGAGGGUUCCAAGAGUAGGUCAAAACUGGCCACUAUAUGAUAUCCUGAAUCAAUUCAAGAAGGGACAAAGCCACAUGGCUGCUGUUGUCAAGUGUGAAGAGAACAUCAGAACUGUUGCAACUGACACAGAAGGCAAAACUCACAGGCUUUGCUCUUCAUUUGUACUGGAUGAUUGUAUUAGCAUCUCAACAGAUGCAUCAAAUUGGCAUUCUCACGAAACAGAAUAUUACAGUGCAACACUGAAGAAUGCCAUGCAUCAAGAGGGUGAUUCAGAACAACUGCAUAGAAGAUCAAAACAAGAUACAAGUACAUCAUUUGAGAAUAUGGAGUCUCUUCCAACAGAUGAGGAAGUGAUUGGGAUAAUAACAUUGGAAGAUAUCAUGGAAGAGCUACUUCAGGAAGAUAUACUGGAUGAAACUGAUCAAUAUGUUAAUGUUCAUCAAAAUAUCACAAUCAAACUGCAACGUCCCAUAAGAUUGUCAUCAGGGUCCUCCAAAAGGACUUCAACUUCUCGUCGACAACGGAGAAGUUCAGACGCAUCUCGAGUUCGCUUUCUAACUCCUACAUACAUUUCACCCAUUUUACCCGGUUCUCUCUAACAAAUUUGUAUCAAAUUGUUUUUCUUUGUCACUUGUAAUUGAUCAGAGUAUUUUUGACAUUAAUGUGUAGCCUCUAUUUUUCCUUGUCCGUGCGUGGUCUCUAUUUUUAUGAAUAUUUAGAUACUCAUCUGACUUAAGAUAUAGGAGUCCAUAGGUCAGGCUCACAUUUAUACUUGUUCAACACUCUAACCUAAUAUUAUAAAUACAAGGGAGAUUGCA